AUCACCGGUUGUGUCCCAGCUGCGCUGGCAAGACCCAGGCGAGUGGUCUGACCGGGGAGGUGAGGAGAAGCAACUCUCUCUCUAUUUAAGAGACCUUGGAGAGGGGGUGGGAGCAGCAAUAAGCACCCCCAAACUGCUCUCUCGUACUUCCCUCUCCUCCUCAGAGGUCAUGGAUCCUUACAAGUUCCGUCCCUCGAGCUCCUUCGACACCAACUUUACCACCACCAACGCUGGUGCGCCCGUAUGGAACGAUGACCAGGCCCUCACCGUGGGAUCCAGAGGACCCAUCCUCCUUGAGGACUACCAUCUGGUCGAAAAGAUCGCUCACUUCGCCCGGGAGCGCAUACCGGAGCGCGUCGUCCAUGCCCGAGGCGCGAGCGCCAAGGGCUUCUUCGAGUGCACUCAUGAUGUCACUCACCUCACCUGCGCCGACUUCCUCCGGGCGCCCGGCGUCCAGACGCCGAUCAUCCUCCGCUUCUCCACCGUCAUCCACGAGCGUGGCAGCCCUGAAACCAUCAGAGACCCCCGCGGGUUCGCCGUCAAGUUCUACACCCGAGAGGGAAACUGGGAUCUGCUGGGGAACAACUUCCCCGUGUUCUUCAUCCGCGACGGCAUCAAGUUCCCGGACGUGAUCCACGCCUUCAAGCCAAACCCCAAGUCCCACGUCCAGGAGUACUGGAGGGUGUUCGACUUCCUCUCGCACCACCCCGAGAGCCUCCACACCUUCUUCUUCCUCUUCGACGACGUGGGCGUCCCGUCCGACUACCGCCACAUGGAAGGCUUCGGCGUCAACACCUACACCUUCGUCAGCAAGGAAGGGAAGGUCAACUACGUGAAGUUCCACUGGAAGCCCACGUGUGGAGUCAAGUGCUUGCUGGAAGACGAAGCGAUCGUGGUGGGCGGCAAGAACCACAGCCACGCCACCCAGGAUCUGUACGACUCCAUUGCCGCCGGAAACUACCCGGAGUGGAAGCUCUUCGUUCAAGUCAUGGAUCCGGAUACCGAGGACCGUUACGACUUCGACCCGCUCGAUGACACCAAGACAUGGCCCGAAGACCUUCUGCCGCUGCAGCCGGUGGGAAGGCUGGUCUUGAACCGCAACAUCGACAACUUCUUCUCGGAGAACGAGCAGCUAGCGUUCGGCCCGGGUCUGGUGGUGCCCGGCAUCUACUACUCCGACGACAAGAUGCUUCAGUGCAGGGUGUUCGCCUAUGGCGACACGCAGCGGUAUCGGCUCGGCCCGAACUACCUGACGCUCCCGGUGAACGCGCCCAAGUGCGCUCACCACAACAAUCACUACGAUGGACUGAUGAACGUCAUGCACAGGGACGAGGAGGUCGAUUACUUCCCUUCAAGGCAUGCUUCCCUCCGUCAUGCAGAGAGAUUCCCCAUUCCAAAUCGUGUCGUCACUGGCAAGCGUGAGAAGAAUGUGAUUCCCAAGCAAAACGAUUUCAAGCAACCCGGAGAGCGUUACCGUUCCUGGGCACCUGAUAGGCAAGAGCGUUUCGUCCGCCGUUGGGCCGAGCAAUUAGCACACCCAAAGGUCAGCUAUGAGCUCCGCAGCAUCUGGAUCUCGUUCCUGUCGAAGUGCGACACAUCGCUGGGACAGAAGGUGGCGAAUCGCCUCAACAUGAGAGCAAACAUCUGAUAAGGAGUAUGCAUGUAAAAGCCUGCAGUAUAUGCGUACACAGAGUCGUUCCGAUCUGGUUGUUUAUGUCGUAAAUAAACCAUGUCAAGUCCGCGGCAUGUUAUCAUCUAAAUGGGACGUUUAAGUACUCGGUUCUCUUUGUAAUCAUAAAGGAAACAGAUGAUAAAUAUAUGUAUCUUUGCCCU